AUGAAGGUGUUACUAAUUUGUGCGUUAGCCUGUGUGGCGCUAAGUGGAGUUUACGGUGCCUCGAUUAUCCGAGUCGCGAGGGAAGAUGUGCUUCCAGUAGUCGAAGAGGUGAUUAAAGAGGAAAUCGUCAGUGAGCUGCGCAAAAAUGAAAUUCCGGUGGCCGUCGAGGAAGAACCAGCUAAGGUUAUAAUCGAGGAAACUGUUGUUCCGGUGGAAAACCAACGCACCAUUGCUGAAGUCGUCGAAGUUGCUGAGCCAGUUGGUGUUGUUGUUGAGGAUGCCGUUGUUCCCGUCGUUGAAAAGGAAACCGUCGAGGCUCUACGAAGCGCUGCUCCAGUAAUGGCUGUUGAAGAGCCAGUAGCAGUCGUCAAGGAAGCUGAAGUAGUUGCUGAGCCCGUGGUUGAAGACAAAAUCGUUGCUCCCGUCGAAGCUCUGCGCAACGUUGAACCAGUAGUCGAAGUCGUCGAGCAAGUUGUCGUUCAGGAUGUUAAGGAUGAGCAAAUCAACGGCAAUCCUGAAGAAUCCCUACGCAGUGCUCUGCCAGUGGUUGCUGAAGAGAAAGUUGUUGAAGCAGUUGUCAAGGAUGAACCAGUCGCUGAGGAUAAGGAGGAAACCGUCGUUCCUGCCGUGCGAACUGUUGCUGAAGUUAUCAUGGAUAAGGCUGAAGAAAAAGUUGCUGAUGAAGCAGCUGCUGUUAAGGAUGUAGAAGUUGAACCAAUCGUAUCCAUGAACAACGCUGACCCAGUUGCUGCCGUCGAAGAACCAGUUGCUGUGGUUUUGGACGAAGUCAAGGAUGAAGUUGCUCAGGAUGUUGUCGAAGAUGCCGUUGUCCCCGAAGUCGUUGUUGUUCCACAACCAAUCAAACCCUUCGUUGAAAUGGUCGCCGAAGUACAGGCUGCGGCUGAUGCUGCCGUUGAAUCAGACAAUGUUGAUGAGAAGGCUGCUGAAAGCGAGGAUGUAGCUCCAGUUGAAUCGCUACGGUCUGUUGCUCCGGUCGUUGCCGUCGAAGAACCCGUUGUAGCCACUGUUGAGGAGAAGAAGGAAGUUGUUGCUGAACCAGUUGCUGAUGUUGUUGCUGAAGUUGCUGCCGAUGAGGUUGUGGCUCCAGUUGUCGCUGACGAUGUAGUAGAAGAAAAAGCUCCGGAUGCUGAAGUCGCUGUUGAAGAGAAGGUAGUUGCUCCAGUUGAAUCGCUGCGAUCUGUCAUCCCAGUUGUCGGAGUGGAAGAGCCAGAGGUUGUUGCCGCUGUUGUUUCUGACAAUGAAGUAGCUCCAGUAGUUAAAGCUGUUGCUGAAGAAAAGAUUGAUGAAGUCAAGGCUGAUGCUGUAGAAGAGCAAGUUGGUGUUGUCAAGGCUGUCCCUGUUGCUGAAGAAGUUGCUCCAGUCAAGGAAGUUGAACAGGAACCUUCCGAUGUUCUCCGUGCUGUUGACGUUAAGCAAGAUGAUUCCACUACCAGCCGCCCAAAUUUGAUCCAGCAGAUUAUUCAGCCAGUUAACAAUCUUAUCCAAAACAGUCCAAUUGGAUCGAUCCUGAACCGUGGAUCUACCACAGCUGCCCCAGCCGUUGCAGCCGAUGCUCCCGCUGAAGGUGAAGCAGUUGCCAAUGAUGCCGCCUCAACUACUACCACUGCCCCCAACUUCAUCCAGCAGCUUGGACAAAACUUCCAGAACUUCUUGAAUCCAAAUUCCCAGAACGCCCAAACUGGUGGUGAUGCUACCACUGCUCGACCAAACAUUAUUCAACAGGUACAAAAUGCUGUUGGAUCGGUCUUGAACAGGCCAUCCAGCAACUCCGAACAAUCCGGACAGCAGCCAAACCCGAUCCAGAGCAUAGUCCAGAAUGUGCAAAACUUCUUCCGACCAACAUCCGCUCCUUCGAGCGCUGAAACCCCAGCACCUGCAGCCACUCCAGCGGCUUCUGCUCCAGCUCAAUCAGCUGAUGCCGCCCCAGUUGCAGCUCCCGCAGCCGCCGAACCUGUCCCUGAAAAUUCUGAAUCAGCCCAGAUCACGGAAAACCAAACUGCCUAG